CCCUCCUUGCGUUGGUUUUCACUCAGUGAUGUCGCGUAUUUGUGUGGCGCACCUGUAAAGAGCGAGACAGGCAGAAGCCGGCUUUUUUAAUUAUUUGAUUCCUUUUAUUUCUUCUGUUCUUUUCUCCCUUUGUUUCAUGCAUUUACUGAAAGGAAACCAUUUCUGUGUUUUGAUUUAAUAAAUAUUUCAUUUCCUCAUUUUCUCUUGUUUGUGUUGGCUUUUAUGUUUCCAAGUUUGAAUUAACAGAGCGGAAUUCAUCAUUUUACAAGCUAUUGGCCAGGUGUUUCAUUCUGAGAUUGUUUGCCUAAGGACGUCCAUAACUUUCAUUUAUAGAAACGACGGCAACUCCAAACUAACAUGGCAGUCAGACUGUGCGAUGUGGCUUCUCUGCUUAGAAGUGGUUCGUGGGCAUCUGAGCCUUGGACUGGGCAGGUAAUUGCUGCCAUGGAAACACAGCUGUCCAAUGGGCCAACUUGCAACAACACAAGCAACGGUCCUUCAACAAUCACAAACAACUGUUCCUCACCGGUAGAGUCAGGGAGCAUAGAGGACAGUAAAACUAACUUGAUAGUCAACUAUUUGCCCCAGAACAUGACCCAAGAGGAGCUGAAGAGUUUGUUCGGGAGCAUCGGAGAGAUUGAGUCCUGUAAGCUAGUCCGAGACAAAAUCACAGGACAGAGCCUAGGCUAUGGAUUUGUCAAUUACGUGGACCCGAAGGACGCAGAGAAAGCCAUCAAUACCUUAAAUGGCUUGAGACUUCAGACCAAAACCAUCAAGGUUUCCUAUGCGCGUCCGAGCUCCGCCUCCAUCAGAGAUGCAAAUUUGUACGUCAGCGGCUUGCCAAAAACCAUGACUCAGAAAGAACUGGAACAGCUCUUCUCUCAGUAUGGACGCAUCAUUACCUCACGCAUUCUGGUGGACCAGGUGACUGGUGUUUCCAGAGGAGUGGGCUUCAUCCGUUUUGAUCGGCGAGUUGAGGCUGAGGAGGCCAUAAAAGGUCUGAACUGUCAGAAGCCGCCCGGUGCCACCGAGCCCAUUACAGUGAAGUUUGCAAACAAUCCAAGCCAGAAGACCAGCCAGGCGCUGCUGUCCCAGCUGUAUCAGUCACCCAAUCGAAGGUACCCAGGACCUCUCGCACAGCAGGCACAACGCUUCAGAUUGGACAAUCUGCUGAACAUGGCCUAUGGAGUCAAAAGGUUCUCUCCUAUGGCCAUUGAUGGGGUGACCAGCUUGGCUGGCAUCAACAUCCCCGGGCACGCAGGCACUGGCUGGUGUAUCUUUGUCUACAACCUGGCUCCAGAUGCCGAUGAAAGCAUCCUUUGGCAGAUGUUUGGGCCGUUUGGUGCCGUCACAAAUGUCAAGGUUAUUCGUGACUUCAAUACAAACAAGUGCAAAGGAUUUGGGUUUGUCACCAUGACCAACUACGACGAGGCAGCUGUGGCUAUUGCCAGCUUGAAUGGAUAUCGCCUCGGGGACAGAGUGCUGCAAGUCUCGUUCAAAACCAACAAAACACACAAAGCCUAAUACCCACUGAAAUUCAGCAGAAACAGAAAAUGGAAGCGUGUUGACCGUAACUUUCUACAUUAGUAACAGCUUUGUAAAUCAGUGUUACAAGGAAAAACAAUAUUUAGCAUCCAACAAUGUGAUUUUUUUUUUUUCUUUUUUAUUUCUAUGCUAUGAAUCUUCUCAGUAAAACAGGAAAAAAUACUGCAGGUUUUAAUGCCUGUGAUGUUGAAUUCUCUUGCUGUCUUUACAGAUGGACCAUCUAAAAUGUUACUAUAGGUUUUGUCGUUUUGUUGCGCAUCUGGUUUGCAAUCGUAAGUGUUGUAAGGUUAUGUGUGGUGAUUUCCUUUUGUAUUUCUCUGUCCUCAUUUGCCUAAGGUGCGUUAUGCCCUCAGUGGUUAGCAAGUACUUAGUUUGAGCUUUUUGCAGAUUUGUUUUUGUAAGUAUUCUGUUUAUUGUAAUAUAAGUUGGUUAUUGGUUGGCUGCAUAAUGUUGCUUAUUGUAAACUUAAUAAAAGACAAAAAAAAUUCUUAAAGCAGUACCUUGCCAAAGAGCUAAGAACCUCUUUGAUGUGGGUUUGAAAAGCAUCUAUUUUUAUAAAAAGAAAAAUUUGGAGAAACUUUUUACUGGACCUGGAACAAAAUAUUUUGACUUGGAUACUUUGAGAAAUAUCUUCAUAUGACACCUUGUGAGCUUUUGAACUUUACAAGAAAGUUUGCAGUGGUUGAAAUUUCUGGAGAGAUUUAUGAUGUAAAAGACCUUUUGAGAUCUUUGUAUUACAGUAUCUUUCGAUUACAGAAUCAAUGGCAGUGCUGGUUUCAUUUGUAAAAAUCUGUGGGUCCCCGUCAUCCCGGUUGUCGCCACUAGCAACUCGCUAUUUGAUUUGGGAAAAGGACAAAAAUACAAAGGUUGAUUCACAAAAUGGGCAUGCAGAAAUUUACAGUGUAGAAAUCUUAAAAGGUACAUGGGGGCUAAAAAUCAGUUCUUCCUAAAGGAUUCCCUUCAGACGGCGCUUGCGGCGUGUUGUGGUGUACCCAUCACUAGACAGUCUUAAUAGCAACCAAUAAGGGUUUUUACCUGCUUUGUACGAAAGAUUUGAGGACAAGCCAGUGAAGGCAGCAGCGUAAGAAAAACAAAUCUGGAGAACAGAAUGGAUUACUCAGAGCUUCGAGCUAUGUAAAUAAGUUUGUUUUGUUUUGUUUUUGAGUAUUCGGCAGACUUAUUUUAGGUUCUAGUUUGAUUUUCAUUGGGAAUUGUAUUUAUAUUUUUCUUUUAUGGAGUAUGUAAGGUAUUUCAUUUUGGAUAUUAACCUUUUGAAUUUUUAGUUUCCCCAUCACUUGAAAAACUGAUUUGUUGUCCCAUGGACUAGCAUUAAAGUGCAUCAAAUUCGUUGGUUGUUUGGUCUGUAGAUAGUCUUGCUUUGUAAAAAAAGAAAAAAAGGAAAAAUAAGGUAUUAAGCUAUAGACAUUUGUUUUGUUUUUAUAUAUAAACAUUAUAGAUAUAUAUUUGUGGUAAAGAAUGGAUAUAAACCACAGUUUUGAACUAUUUGAUUACUUUUUUUCAUACUCAUAUACGUAAUGCAUAUAACCUGUCUAAAAUCGCAUCAAGGUGUAUAUCGCUUUAUUCACUUUGGGGAAGUCGGUGAAGCAGUUCCAUUGAUCGCAAAAUUGGUUGCAAGAGUUUGUAGAAGAACAUCGAACUCGUCUUGAACAAAUGGAGGCUGGCUGAGCCUUAGGUGCACUUAAUACUUCACCUGCAUCCUGCUUGGUAUUGGAACCAAUUACUAGUCAUGCUUCCCCUUUAAAUGAGCAGUGUGCUAUGCAUUAUAUAAUUAUCUUUGCAACAGCUUUUUCUUGUUUAUCUAUUCCUUCCUUUGUGUUACUUGUAAACGUUUAAGUCUAGAUGAGUUGUGAUACUUGCUGCUGUGGGGGAGAGAGUACAUUUUUUUCCAUGCCUGACCUGUCAUUGUUGAAAUUUUCUUUUUUGCAACUUCCUUUAUAAUAUGUUCUUUGACAAAUUGUGCUGCUGGUCCGGCAUGAAAAACUGUACCCUCCCACCUCUCAUCGCAAUUCUUUAUCUAAGAAUGAUUAUUUAUUUGAAGCUGUAUAGUCUGACUAGGUUCACAGCAUUUUGGAAUAGAAUAACUGGAGUAUCUAAAAGGAUGUACAUGUUCUUUUGUGUUUGAAUACUUUGGAUUUUUUCCAUGUUCUGUACAUGAAUAAAUAAGUUGAAGGGCAA